AGGUUUUACCGGUAGUCCGCCAGACUUUCCAUGUGCAUUUGAGUUUUAAUUUUUAUAUAUUUAUUAUUUUGUUAAAUAAAAUAACUCCUAUUUGUUAAAUAAGUUUUCUUUAUUCUCAUUGUAAGACAAAUUUUGUUACGGUUAGUGAACAAUUUAAAGAAACAGUAAAUCGAGUAAAAUUCAGUAACUAGUAAAUUUCAUUAUAAAGUGAAAUUUUAGGUUAGGUUUGUUAUUUAUAAUAUGCAGUGAAAUUAUUAUAAAAUACGAAAUAAAAUAAUAGAAUAUAAUUUAUAACAAUACAAGAAACAAUUGUUUAAAAAACAUGUCAUCCCUGUGGAAAUUUACUAAACAAUUACAAUUAAUUCCCAGUAUUCUUCAACCAAAAAUCAAUGUAACAGAAUUAACACAAAGGGGAAUGAAGACACUUAAUCGUCCACCGAAAAAACGUUUAUCGCCCUGGCUAAAAACACCACAGGCUCCAUUAAAUGAUGUUCUUCAGGAAAGAAUUUCCGAUGAUAAUAAGGAAUUUAUUCACGAAGUCCUCACAGACAUGUACCCAGAAGUUAAUCCAAAUUAUAAAUCUCCACUUAAAAUUGAGCCUAUAGAACCAAACGUUCAGUGGACAAAACAUUCGCAACGUUGUGGAGUUCUUGCAAAGAAAAUUGGUGUUACCUUAAUGUGGACGAAAAGUGGAAAACCAGUCAAAACCACUCUUCUGCAGGUUGUUGAUAAUCACGUCAUUAAAUAUACUCCACCAGAACUUUUUAAUCCAAAAAUAGGAAAACCAAGAAUUCAAGUUAAAAAACAUUUGGGUUGCCUAAUAGUCGGAGCUGUCUCCACUGAUCCUCAAUUUUUGACAAAAGAUUACAGUGAUUUGUUCGAAAGAUCUGGUGUUAUGCCUAAGAAAGCGUUGGCAAGAUUUAAGAUAACUGCAGAUGCUGCACUACAGCCAGGAACACCUCUUUAUGCCACUCACUUCAAACCCGGAGAUGUUGUGGACAUUAGAGCAAAAACAGUUGAUCGAGGAUUUCAGGGAGUCAUGAGACGCUGGGGUUUUAAAGGACAACCCGCGACUCAUGGUCAAACUAAAACUCAUAGACGACCUGGAAAUAUUGGCUCAGGUGGUGAGAGAGGAGUUAUACCUGGCACUAAAAUGCCCGGUCACAUGGGUAACAGAUACCGUGUCUUGAGAGGCAUUCAGAUUUUAAGGAUCAAUACAAAAUUUAAUGUACUCUUUGUUAGGGGUACUGCCAUACCUGGAGAAAUAAAUAAUAUAAUUCAAAUUUUCGAUACUAAAUUAUUAAGAAGGAAACACAAAGAAGCGCCUGCUUUUCCAACAUAUUUCCCAACUGGCGAUGAACCUGAAGAACUUUACAUGGACGAGAUGCAUCAUUUUGGUGAAGCUACAAUCGAAUUCGAAGAACCACAACAACAAACAAAAAAGAAAUAAAGAAAAUUUUGUUCCAUAUAAAUAAAUAAAUAAAUAGAUUUUUAAAUAUAAAGAA